CUCUUCUGCUCCUCCGGCUCCACGGCUCUGCCUUCCUUCUCCGUCGGAGGGCGAGAUAUGAAGCGGCACCAUGGGUUUCAUGGAAUUCUACCUGGAGAUUGACCCCGUCACCCUCAACCUCAUCAUCCUGGUCGCCAGCUAUGUCAUCCUCCUCCUGGUCUUCCUCAUCUCCUGCAUCCUGUACGACUGCCGGGGCAAGGACCCCACCAAGGAGUACGCGCCCGAGCCGCCGGCGCCGCCCAGCCAGUCGCCCAUCCGCCUGGUGGUCAUGCAGAACUCGCCGGCCUCGUCCCGCUACGAGCCCAACAACACGGCCGCGCCGGGCCACGCCGAGCCGCCCACGCCCGACCUGAGCCGGGACAGGGGCGAGCGGGACCGGGACCGGGAGCGGGAGAGGGAGAGAGAGAGGGAGAAGAGGAGCACGCUCGUCUGA